AUGUAUAACUUGUGCUUUAGACUUCUGCGGGCCGGCAUUGCUGUUCAACGUUCCAUUAUAUCACAUUCUACUAUGAAUGCCUUAACAAAACCAGUUGUAACAUUUAAAAGUCCAGCACACUUCUCAUCGCUGCUUUUCUAUCGCUUUAAACAUCAACAAUUGGAUUAUUCACGUUACCCAACGUUAAAUGAAGAGGAUCUUGAGGAGACCUUUACACGCGGCAGUGGCCCUGGCGGUCAGGCCGUUAACAAAACAUCCAAUUGUGUGCUGCUACGUCACCUGCCCACCAACAUUGUGGUUAAAUGUCAUAUACAUCGCUCAGCUCAAAAAAAUCGUGUGGAGGCAAGAAAAAUUCUUUUGGAGAAGCUUGAUGCACAGCUAAAUGGUGAAUAUUCUAUACAGUCACAGUUGAAGCAGUUGGAAAAUAAAAAGUCAGCAGAGCGUAAGAGAAGGCAAACAAAAUUGCAGGAAAUGAAACAGAAAUGGAAGGAACGCGAAGAGCAAGCAGGGGAAGGGGAGAAUAAAAUCCCACCGGCGGAUCAGAAAGUUUAGUUUUAAAGAAAGAUUUUGUUAAGUUUAUUCAUUUUUUGAAGAUAUAGAAUUGAGACAAGUACAUAUAAAACACA